GGGGCCGGCAGGGGGCGCUGCGGGCGGCGGGGCCAUGCUCGCGGGGCCGGGCCUGGGCCGCGGCGCGGGGCGGCCGGAGCGGGCGGCACCGGGGGCUGGCGGCGCGGCCGGUCGGUGCCCGGCGGGAUGUUCCGCAAGGCGCGGAGGGUGAACGUGCGGAAGCGGAACGACUCGGAGGAGGAGGAUGAGGAGCGCGACGAGGAGCCGCCUCAGGAGCCGGCGCCGGCGGUCGGGGCGGCGGGGGAAGGGCCCAGCGAGGCCUCGGUGCCGCUGACGGCGGGCGCCGGGCUCCUGCCGCUGCCCGCCGGCUGCGUGCCCCUGGCUGUGCCCGGCAGCCCCGCGGCCUUCGCGUGCGCCGCGAGCUAUGGCGCGGCGCUGGGCUUGGGGCUGGGUUUGAUGGGGGGCGAGCGCCCAGGCCCGGGGGCUGUGCCGGCACCCGCUGCCCUGCGCCCCCCGGCACCGCAGCCCCAGCAGGGCAACGGGCUGCCGGCCGCCGGGCGCCCCAAGGAGAAGAAGCGGUCGCGGGAGAACAAAGAGGUGCCGAGGGCCAGCCUGCUCAGCUUCCAGGACGAGGAGGAGGAAACCGAAGAAGUUUUCAAAGUGAAGAAAUCAAGUUACAGCAAAAAGAUUGUAAAACAGUUGAAGAAAGAAUACAAAGAAGAUCUUGAAAAAUCAAAAGUUAGAACAGAGGUCAAUUCUCCAACAGAUGUUGAAGCACCACUAGAAAAGACAGGACAGAAUAAGGAUAUAGGCCAAGAAGAUGGGACUGCAAAUAGUGAGCAUGGUGAAGAAGAAAUGGAAGUUGAAAGUGAAAAGGAAGAAGAAAAAACAAAAGCUGGUGGUACUUUUUCAAGUGCUCUGUCAUCACUGAAUGUUCUCCGCCCAGGAGAAAUUCCAGAUGCUGCUUUUAUUCAUGCCGCUAGGAAAAAGCGACAAAUGGCUCGUGAACUUGGAGACUUUACCCCUGUUGACAAUGAACCAGGUAAAAGCCGCCUUGUUAGAGAAGAUGAAAAUGAUGCCAGUGAUGAUGAAGAUGAUGACGAGAAGAGGAGGAUAGUUUUUACAGUGAAGGAGAAAUCCCAAAGGCAAAAGAUUGCUGAGGAAAUAGGUAUUGAGGGAAGCGAUGAUGAAGCUCUAGUGGCAGGGGAGCAAGAUGAAGAACUCAGUAGAUGGGAGCAAGAGCAGAUACGAAAAGGAAUCAACAUACCCCAGGUUCAGCCAAGUCAGCCAGCAGAAGUGAAUAAUGUGUACUACCAAAACACUUACCAGACACUGUCUUAUGGUUCAUCGUAUGGCAUUCCGUACACCUACGCUGCUUACGGAUCAUCGGAAACAAAGGCUCAAAAAACAGAUAACACAGUUCCUUUCAAAACUCCCAGUAAUGAGAUGACUCCUGUUACUAUUGAUUUGGUAAAGAAACAGCUUAAAGACAGGUUGGACUCUAUGAAAGAAAUGCACAGAGCUAAUCGGCAGCAGUAUGAGAAACAUCAGCAAAGCCAAGAGGACUCUGCCAAGGCAAUUCAGAGAUUAGAAGGGUCUUCUGGGGGUAUUGGUGAACGGUAUAAGUUUUUGCAAGAAAUGCGAGGGUAUGUCCAAGACUUGCUUGAGUGUUUCAGUGAAAAGGUGCCUCUGAUUAACGAGCUGGAAUCUGCAAUGCACCAGCUGUACAAACAGCGAGCUGCCCGCCUUGUCCAAAGACGACAAGAUGAUAUUAAAGAUGAAUCUUCGGAGUUUUCAAGCCAUUCAAAUAAAGCACUUAUGGCACCAAAUCUUGAUUCUUUUGGGCGAGACAGAGUGAUCUAUCAAGAACAAGUCAAGCGUCGAACUGCAGAAAGAGAGGCCAGAAGAGCUCGCCGUAGACAAGCAAGAGAACAGACCGGGAAGAUGGCAGAUCACCUCGAAGGCCUUUCCAGUGAUGAUGAGGAAACCUCAACAGAUAUCACCAACUUCAACUUGGAGCGAGAUCGUAUAUUGAAAGAAUCCAGCAAAGUUUUUGAAGAUGUUGUGGAAAGCUUUUACUCGAUUGAUUGCAUUAAGUCACAGUUUGAAGCUUGGCGCUCCAAGUACUUUGCUUCUUAUAAGGAUGCUUAUAUUGGCCUCUGUUUACCAAAGCUGUUUAACCCUUUAAUCAGACUUCAGCUGCUUACCUGGACUCCUUUGGAGGGCAAGUGUCAAGAUUUUGAAACGAUGUUGUGGUUUGAGUCAUUGCUGUUUUAUGGCUGUGAAGAGCAGGAGCAGGUGAAAGAUGAUGCUGAUAUUUCACUAUUGCCUACCAUUGUAGAGAGAGUUGUUCUCCCUAAAUUAACAGUAAUUUCUGAAAACAUCUGGGAUCCCUUUUCUACCACACAGACAUCUAGAAUGGUAGCAAUUGUACAGAAACUGAUAGAGGGAUAUCCCUCAGUGGUGAAUGCAGAAAACAAAAAUACACAAAUGCUUUUAAAGGCGUUGUUGCUAAGAAUGAGGAGAACACUGGAUGAUGACGUAUUCAUGCCCUUGUAUCCAAAAAACAUCUUAGAAAACAAGAACUCUGGUCCAUAUUUGUUUUUCCAACGUCAGUUUUGGUCCUCUGUUAAGUUAUUGGGAAACUUUCUCCAGUGGUAUGGAAUCCUUUCAAAAAAAACUCUCCAGGAGCUGUCCAUAGAUGGGUUGCUAAAUAGGUACAUUCUUAUGGCUUUUCAAAACUCAGAGUAUGGAGAGGACAGCAUUCAGAAAGCUCAAAGUGUAAUUGCUUGCUUCCCUAAGCAGUGGUUCACUAACCUAACAGGAGACAAGACUAUAUCUCAGCUAGAAAACUUCUGUAGGUACCUUGUUCACCUGGCUGAUACAAUUUACAGAAACAGCAUUGGUUGCUCUGAUGUAGAGAGGAGAAAUGCAAGGGAGCACAUCAAACAGAUCAUAAAGCUUCUGGCAAGUAUCCGAGCCCUAGAUCAUGCUGUUACUGUUGCAAAUGAUCACAGCGUAAAAGAGUUCAAGAUUCUAAUGGAAGGAAAAUAGACUUUUCUCACCACUCAUUUUGAGCUUUAAAACCAUUCCUGAUGUGUAAUUUAUGUACAUAUGUAAAGUUUCUUAAACUGUAAAGUAUUGACCUUUGUUUUAAUACAAAGUUCAUUCUUACAUACAGCAUCCUUAAAAAUAAAAAUCAUUGACUUCAGUGAAAACAAAAA